CCUCACCUUGCAACAAGUCCAUCCCUUCACAGGCAUUAGAGAAUAUUUAGAAGUCUAUUAUAUACUGAAGACCAGUGGACACAUCUAACCUCCUAUACUGAGUGAAGAGAAAACAUUUGUUAGUUCUUCAUUUGGGAUUGUGUUUAACCUUCAAACUACCUCCAGGAGAAAUGGCAGCAGAUGGGACAGCCCAGAGAUGGGACCACACUCAAAUCAGCCUUUAGAAUUUUUCUUACAGGUGGACCAUUAGAAAAUUCCAUUUGAUGGUGGAUGAAAGGCUAGGAAGCCUUAGAAGCCCAACUUUCCCAACAGGAGCCAAUGACAAAUGGUGUUUGACAGUAUACCCAAAUGGACUCGAUGAAGUAAGUGCAGAUUAUCUGUCAGUUAAUCUAGUAUUGCUCAGCUCUCUAAAGAGUUAUGAUUGGGCAAAGUUCCAGUUCUUAAUCAUAAGCGCCAAAGGAGAGAAAAAGCAAACCAGGAGGAGCCUAACAGCCUUUAGGUUUGUGCCAUGCCUUAGUUAUGGAUUCAAAAAGCACAUCCUUCGAGAUUUCCUCCUGUCCCGUGCACCUCGUCUUCUCAUCCUCCUCUGCAUGGUGAGCGUGGUCAAAGACUCCUUCAGCAUCUCUGAACAGAACAGGAAGCCAGGGAUUCAAGUUCCCAGAUGCUCAUUGGCAGAUGAGCUGGGUGAGCUGUGGGAGAAUUCUCAAUUCACAGACUGCUGCCUGGUGGUACCUGGCCAAGAAUUCCGGGCUCUCAAGGCCAUCUUAGCAGCUCGCUCUCCAGUUUUCAGAGCCGUGUUUCAACAUGAUAUGGACAAGGGAAAAAAGAACUACAUUUAGAUCCCUGACCUAGAGCCACAAGAUUUCAAGGUAAUGGUGUACUUCAUUUACACUGGAAAAGCACCAGGCCUGGACAGCAUGGCAGCUGCUAUGCUGGUAGCUGCUGACAAGUAUGGCCUGGAGCAUUUGAAGGUCAUGUGUGAGGAUGCCCUCUUCAGGGACCUCUCUGUGGAGAAUGCUGCCCACACUCUUUUCCUGGCUGACCUCCAUAGCUCAGGGCAGCUGAAAAUCCAGACAAUGAAUAUCAUUACAGCUCAUGCUUCUGAGGUCUCUGAGAACACAGGAUGGAAGGCAAUGGUGGGCUCAUAUCCCCAUUUAGUGGCUGAAGCAUACUGUUACCUGGCUUCUACUCAUCUCCCUUUCCUGGAGCCCCCUUUCAAGUGCUUGAAGCAAUCCUGGGACCUGGUCAGCUGUGACGUACACUUGUAUCCCAGAAAGAGAAACCAGUGUUGUUACCAAUGA